AUGAACGACCUUAUUCCUCUCGUCAACAAGCUCCAGGAUGUCUUCAACACCAUCGGAAGCGACCAGAUCGACUUGCCUCAGAUCGUCGUCGUUGGAUCCCAGUCCUCUGGAAAGUCGUCUGUCCUGGAGACCAUUGUUCAAAAGGACUUUCUCCCCAGAGGCAAUGGUGUCGUCACUCGCCGCCCUCUCGUCCUCCAACUCGUCAACACUCAUCUCGGAUCGAUGGGACAUUCGUCGGUCUCGUCUGACGGUACCCCGAACGAGGCCCCCGACCGUGCAGAGUUCCUUCACUUGCCCAACAAGCAAUUUUUUGACUUUGAGGAGGUCCGGAAGGAGAUUGAGGCUGAAACGGCGCGUGUGGCUGGCCAGAACAAGGCCAUAUCCAGGACACCUAUCCACCUGAAGAUCUUUUCGAAGAAUGUCCUCAACCUGACCCUUGUUGACUUGCCAGGAGUGACCAAGAUUCCCGUUGGCGAUCAACCCACCGACAUCGAAAAGCAGACACGCAACCUGAUUCUGGACUACAUUCUCAAACCCAACAGUGUCAUUCUUGCCGUGUCACCAGCUAACGUCGAUCUCGCCAACUCAGACAGUCUUAAACUUGCUCGUCAGGUCGAUCCCGAGGCAAAGCGCACCAUCGGUGUCUUGACAAAGCUGGAUCUUAUGGACGCAGGAACCAACUCACUCGACAUUCUCUCCGGAAGAGCCUACCCUCUCAGGCUCGGAUUUAUCGGAGUUGUCAACAGAAGUCAGGCCGAUAUUCAAGUCAACAAGCCCAUGGCCGAUGCCUUCAAGAGCGAAACGGAGUUCUUCCAGAACCACCCAGCCUACCGCGCCAUUGCCCACCGCUGCGGUACCAACUUUUUAGCCAAGACUCUGAACACGAUUUUGAUGAACCACAUUCGCGACAAGCUCCCCGAUAUUAAGGCCAAGCUGAACUCGUUGAUCGGGCAGACUCAGCAAGAAUUGACUUCCUAUGGUGACCCAACCUUCACCGGCAAAGCUCACAGAGGUUCGUUGAUCUUGCAACUGUUGACCAAAUUCGCCAGCGACUUUGUUGCUGCCAUUGACGGAACAUCGGCCGAAAUCUCUACAAAGGAGUUGUGCGGAGGCGCCAGGAUCUACUACAUCUUCAACAACGUCUUUGGCGCUGCCUUGGACUCUGUGAACCCUUGCGAGAACUUGAGCGUUCAGGAUAUUCGUACUGCUAUCCGUAACUCGACCGGUCCCCGCCCCUCUCUCUUUGUCCCCGAGAUCGCCUUUGAUCUCUUGGUCAAGCCCCAGAUCAAGCUACUCGAGCCCCCAAGUUUGCGAUGCGUUGAGCUCGCAUAUGAGGAGCUUGUCAAGAUCUGCCACAACUGCGGAGGAAAGGACCUUUCGCGAUUCCCCAGAUUCCACGCCAAGUUGAUUGAGGUUGUCUCCGAUCUUCUCCGAGAGCGUUUGGGACCUACAUCCGACUAUGUUGAGAGCUUGAUCAGCAUUCAGAGAUCCUACAUCAACACCAAUCACCCCGACUUUAUUGGCGGCGGUGGCGCCAUGUCUGCCCUCGAGAGAGCCUCCCAGAAGAAGAAGAAGGAUGUCGACAGGACCCGGAGGUUGAGCGCCGUCAACAUGGCUCUUGCAGGAAAUGGUAGCGACUCGCCUGCUAGGGAGGAGAACCCUGAGAAGCCAUUGUCGAGCGCUAUGGCCAACUUGAGCGUUCACCAGGCUGCCGAGCGUGCUGACCGUGAGCGUGAGCGUGAGAGACUCAACCAUGUCAGCCAGCACGGAGGGCCCAACAACAUCUCUACUUCAUCUGUGAACGGAUCUCCUCAUGGACCUAAUAGUGGAAGUAAGGACACUUUCAUGAACUACUUCUUCGGAGGCCAGCAGCAGCGCAACGACCGCCCUAUCCUUCAGGAGAGUACUCACCGGUCGGGCAACGUUCACAAUGUUGCCAAGGAGAUGGUCAUGCCCAAGACUGUCUUGGAUGGCGAGCCACUCGUCUUUGACAAGAAGAUGGACUAUAUGACCGAUUCUGAAGAGUUCUCUGGUCUUAACGAGCGCGAGGACAUGGAGACCCAGCUCAUUCGCUCGUUGAUCACAUCGUACUUCAACAUCACCCGUAAAUCGAUCCAGGACUUGGUCCCUAAGGCGGUUAUGCAUUUGCUUGUCAACUACUCUCGCGAGGCUGUCCAGAACCGUCUCGUUGCCACUCUUUACAAGGAGGAGCUGUUUAACGAUCUGCUCCAGGAGGACGAUAACCUCUGUGCGGAGCGCGCAAAGUGCAAGGCGAUGCUCGAUGUCUUUAAGAACGCCUUUACGAUCAUUAAUGAGGCCAUGUAG